CAUAGUGUGUGUGCGAAGUGUAGAAGUCUUUGAACGCAACAACCAGAUAGCCUACCAGUGACUGAUUUCACUCGUCUCACUGCACUGCUCUGCCGUGGCCAGGAUUUGGGUUUUUCUGUUAAACCGUGAUGUUUGUGGUGAAUGAAUGGCAGUGGCACUGAGCUGGAGACACUUUGCCUUGGACUCUUUGGACACAUACAGAGACUAUGGCUGUUGGACAGUAAACUGCAGGAGAGCUUUGGAUUGGACUGCUUUUGUUUCCUAAAGCCAUAAGAGGCUGUUUCACAUCCAGUAGGUCAGUGAAGAGAAAGGAGGAUAACAGCUCUGGGCCAGCAGAGGAAGACUGGAUGUGAAUAUCAGACUCAAUCAAUCAGGAGGGGAGAACCUGAGCAGUGAAGAUGCAGCACACCUCAUGCACAGAGGACAGGAUCCAGCAUGCUCUGGACAGAUGUCUGGACGGGUUGAGACAAAGUCCCACAGCAGCACACCACUGGAAUGUGCUGAUGUGCUCAGCAGGUCAGUCAAUGAACCGCUGGAGCCUGGAGGAGCUGGUGAAAAGGGACCCUGAAAACUUCCUCAUACUCUUACAACAGAUCAUCAGGAAGACCAAAGAGGUUCAGGAUCAAUGUCAGUAUGAGCUGGUGGCUCCCCUCGCUAUCAUGUUCUCCUCUACAUUGCUUCAGACGCCAUACUGUCCUCCCGACCCAGAGCUGCUUGAGGAAGCUAUUAAGGUGUUUCGCUGUUUCCUCACCUGGCCUGAGCCUUAUUGCAGUGUGUGUAGAAGCCUUCUCUCGACUCUACAGCUGGAGAUCAAAGCCCCAGGGAUUUCCUUUCAGAGAAUGGUAAGAGAAGAACAGCUCCUUAACACCCCCAGCCAGUGCUCCAAGACCAUGACUGUGCUGCUGAUGAACCCUUGUGAAGUGCCCGCUGAGUUUCUCUUAGUGGCUGAGCAGCUCAGUUGCAUUCAGCACUCGCAGGAAGAGACUUACAUCACCCUGAUCAAACAUGCCUUCCAGUCCACACUAGGCACCAAGUACCCUCUACAUAGCAUCCAUAGAGCCCUGCAGGCAAAAAGUGUGACUGAAUUGGGGGAGAUCUUCUCAGUGGUAAGUGAUGUUUUAGAGACGGCCGCUGCCAUGAGUGACCCUCUGAAGGGCCGCAGUCAUGUAAUCCAGGGACUUGAGCAACUCAGGAUGAGCAUGGAAAUCCCAGCAUCCAAUGGGAGGAAGUCUGAUGGAAUGCUACAAACUCUUCCCUUGCCUACAGCCAAGUGUUACAUGUUUCACUGGGAAAAAGAUAACUUUGAUGUCCUGAACACUCUUUUGGAACACGAGCCUGAUGACCAGGUCACUGAUAGGCAGGCUGAGGAGGAAGAGGAGGAAGACAUUGAUGAUGAUGAAGAAGAGAUUGAUGGAGAAGAAGAGGUGGAAGAAGAUUACAAAGAAGAAGAGGAACAUGGAUUGCCUUCAAUGUCUAUUAUACCUAAUGGCUGCAGCAAUAAUCAUCGUGCCUCCACCUUUUCUACCAUCUCCUCCCUGUCCACUGCCUCCAAAGACUCCAUGUUCUCCACCUUGUCCGUCACUUCAGAGUCCUACGCUCCGUCCCUCUUCUCUAUCACUUCGGGUGGUGAUAGUGACUACUUUGAAGAUUCAGAUGACAUCUGUUCCUCUCCUAUUGCGGAAAAAUGUUCGCCAAAGUCUAUGAACAAAGCUUCGGCUCGGCUCAGCCAGCACUUUUACCGGCUCUUCAUCAAACCCAAGAGCCCUCGGUCCCUAUACCGGGCCAAAAGCUUAGGAAACACAGAAUCAAAAGACCUUGUUGUGGUGCGAGAGAAGCGCUCCAACUCUCUACCACAGCAAGUCAAGUUACGCUAUACUGAGCCCUUCCUCCAGCCACAAAUUCAAACUCUCAGACACGUGUGCUUCCGAAGGAGGCCCAUUCUCAGCAGUGAUGAGGACAGUAUGAACACUACGCUGAGAGUGGUGGUGUUUGGUGCUGAUCAGGUAGCAGGGAAGGUAGCCCGAGCAUACAAUAGCCUGAAGAGGAAAGAGAGUGCAUGUCCACGUCUCACCAGGGCCUUCAAGCUUCAGUUCUUCUUUGUGCCUGUGAAGAGGAACUCAGCAUCAGGGCCUGGGAGUCUGAGGUCCCCUAAUCCUGUGGUUCAAUGUGGAACUCCAAAAGGAGUGUCCUUGUCUAAUGAUUUUCACCUCAUGGGCACAGGGGACAGCACUAACGACAUUGCCCAUCUCCUUGGUAUGUUGGAUCCUUGGUAUGAAAGAAACACUCUUAGCCUGCUUAACUUGCCUGCCAACGUCGUCUGUCAGCAAACCUCAAAGACGGAGUCAGAGUCGUAUGAUAGUUCAUAUGAGCACCGUCUGCCCAUCCUGGCUGACUUGGUCCUGUACUACUGUCGCUAUGCUGCACGGCCAGCUCUGAUCCAACUCUAUCAGGCCGAGUUGACAUUAGCUUGUGGAGAGAAGAAGACUGAGGUGUUCGUCCACUCCCUAGAGUUGGGUCACACCGCGGGAACACGAGCAAUAAAGGCCAUGGGUGCUGCCAGUAAGCGGUUUGGCAUUGACGGUGACCGAGAAGCAGUGCCUCUAACGUUGGAGGUAUUGUACAACAAGGUGGUAAUUAGUGGAAGAAGCCAGUGGAAGAGAGAAAGCAAAGUCUGUACGUCAGUAAACUUAACCAAAGCAUGCAAGAAUCCUGAGGAACUAGACUCAAAGAUGGAGUGCCUGCAGCUCACAAUGACUGAGGUCCUGAAGAGACAGAACUGUAAAAGCAAGAAGGGUUACAACCAGCAGCUGAGCAUGACAGAGGUGAAGGUGGACAAGGUUCAGGUCAGCGGUGCUGGUAACACAACCUUUGCUGUAUGUCUGGACCAGGAUGAGAAAAAAAUAAUGCAGAGUGUCACCAGAUGUGACAUAUCAGUGUGCUAUAAACCUGACAGCUCCACUGACUGGAGGCUAAGAAAAUCCCCGACCUCAGCCCAAAUCCAACCUCUUAACCCCACCUUCUGCUCCCUCCUCUGCCUGCCCAUUGUCACUUUUAGUGGGGCUCUUCCUUGAGACUGCUGACCAGUGGUGUGGAUGGUUUGAAAAGAAAAUAUUCUGUGCACUUAUUUAUGCUCUGAAUAACGGACACUAUUUGCAGAAUCAAAGUGCACAUGGCAUACAAUUUUGAUGGUGGCCUCAGUUGGCAGUGGGGUGCAUCUGUUGGUAACUGGAGGACUUGCACAGAAGGGAUAAUCAGGAAACAGCAGACCAUCUGUGAUCACACAAAUACAUACCAAAGAACCUGAGAAACAAAGGUAGACUAGAGAUACAAAACAACAAAAAUUAUUUGCUGUUGUUAAGGAAACUGUUCAAGUUUCAUUCCAGAGAUUUCAGUUCCUCUUUCCUGCUGAAAGAGAAGUUACCUUACCCACAGUAACAUUAGAAUGUAAUUUGGUCAAACAGGGUAAAUCUACAGUACAGGCCCGCAGGUGAGAUAACACCCAAUAUGGUGGAAAAAGCCUGGGUCCUUCCAAGAGAUGGAAUGUUAAAAUGCAGACCUCAUCUUGGAAUCACUGUUUUGAGAACUUUUGUUUUGAUCAACUGACUUGGUCAUGGAGGACCAGGGGGAUAUUUUACACCUGAAGACCAGACUGUAAUGUGUAAUUCCUCAAUUGGGGAUGCUUCUGGGACUAUAUUUGACAAUGGACACUAUGGACUUAAACAAUAUGUAAAUAUUAUGUUUGUAAAAUAUUGUUUUGUACUAUGACUAUAAUGUUACACCAUCAUGUUUUAUGUCUGUGAUACAUGGACUUUUAGUGAUAACAUUUCUCCUAAGGAGUCACAAUGAAGUCACUGUUUUGGCUGCAGUAAUAGAUAUGACCAGCAGGGGGCUCUGUUGACAUUCCA